GCAGGCGUUCGUUGCCAGCUCCCCCACUACAUAAUGCCGCCACACGUUUUCAUACGGGAGUCAGCCAUGGCAGGCCACACUCACCGAGCAAACUAACCCCCCACGCGUCCUUCCCGCGCCUGAGCCGGCGGCCGGAGAAGAAGAAAAAAAGCUUCCUUCCUCCUAACCAACGAGCCAUGGCGCCGGCAUUGCCAGGCCGGGCCGGUCCCCACAUCCUUAUCCUCCUCUGCCUCGUCGUCCUCCUCCCGCGCCACUUCGCCGCGGCACAGGCGGCCGACGAGCAGCAGCUCCUGCUCCGGAUCAAGCGCGCGUGGGGCGACCCGCCGGAGCUCGCGUCAUGGAAUUCCGCCGCCGGCGCCGCCGGGACCUCGCACUGCACCAGCUGGGCCUUCGUCUCCUGCGACAGCUCCAGCCGUGUAACCUCCCUCUCCCUGCAGAACAUCAUCAUCUCAGGCAGCACCCCCAUCAUCCCCGACGCCAUUGGCGAGCUCACGAGCUUGACAACGCUCGAUCUCCGCAACACGAGCGUCAGCGGAUUCUUCCCGAAGUUCCUCUACAACUGUACCGGCAUCACGCGCGUCGACCUCUCCAGGAACAAUCUCGCGGGGGAACUCCCGGCCGACAUCGGCCGGCUGGGGAAGAAAACCCUGACGUACCUGGCCCUCGACAACAACGGCUUCACGGGCGCGAUCCCGGGGGAGGCGCUGUCGGAGCUCACGAACCUCACGACGCUCGCCCUCAACAGCAACGCGUUCACCGGCACGAUCCCGCCGGAGCUCGGCGGGCUCACAGGGCUCCAGACGCUCAAGCUCGAGCGCAACCAGUUCAGUCCAGGCAACCUGCCGGACUCGCUUAAGAACCUGAAGAAGAUGACGACUGUCUGGCUCGCCAGCUGCAACCUCACGGGCGAGUUCCCGAGCUUCGUGGCCGACAUGCCGGACAUGGCGUACCUCGACCUGUCGAUGAACGGACUCACCGGGAGCAUACCCCCUUCGAUCUGGAACCUGACCAAGCUGCAGUACUUCUACGCUUACACGAACAAGCUUACUGGCAACAUCACCAUCAACGGCCCGAUUGGAGCGACAGGUUUGGUCGAGAUCGACGUGUCCGAGAACCAGCUGACUGGAUUCAUCCCGGAGAGCUUUGGAACUCUGCAGAAGCUCAGGCUGUUAAAAUUGAUGACGAACAAUUUAUCCGGCGAGAUUCCAGCCAGCAUCGCGAAGCUGCCGUCGCUGGUGUUCCUGUGGCUGUACAGCAACAAGCUCACGGGAAUGCUUCCGUCAGAGCUCGGGAUGCAUUCGCCGGAGCUAAGAGACAUCCAGGUGGACGACAACGAGCUCACGGGUCCGAUCCCGGCGGGCAUCUGCCAGAACAACGGGCUAUGGCUUCUCACGGCCUCGGACAACCGCCUGAACGGCUCGAUCCCGGCCGGGCUCGCCAACUGCACCACGCUCAUAAGCCUGCAGCUCAAAGACAACCGGCUCUCCGGCGAGGUGCCGGCGGCGCUGUGGACAGAGACGAAGCUGAUGACUCUGCUCUUACACAACAACGGAGGCCUCAGCGGGGCCUUGCCCAGGACUCUGUUCUGGAACCUGACGAGGCUCUACAUCUGGAACAACAGGUUCAGCGGCUUGCUCCCGGAAUCCGCCGACCGGCUGCAGAAGCUCAAUGCCGCGAACAACCUGUUCUCGGGCGACAUACCGCGGGGGCUCGCCGCCGGCAUGCCGCUGCUGCAGGAGUUCAUCCUGUCGGGGAACCGGCUGUCGGGGGAGAUCCCGGAGAGCGUGGCGACGCUGGGCGGGCUGACGCAGAUGAACCUGAGCCGGAACGCGCUCACGGGCGAGAUCCCCGCGGCGCUCGGCGCCAUGCCGGUGCUCACCUUGCUCGACCUCUCGGCCAACCAGCUCUCGGGCGCCAUCCCGCCGGCGCUGGGGUCGCUGAAGGUGAACCAGCUGAACCUCUCGUCCAACCGUCUUUUCGGCGAGAUCCCGCCGGCGCUCGCCAUCUCCGCCUACGACGAGAGCUUCCUGGGCAACCCGGCGCUCUGCACGCCCGGGCGGAGCUUCGUCCUGGCCGGCGUGAGCUCGUGCGCGGGGAAGGCAUCGGACCGGGUAUCGCCGGCGCUCCGCGGGGGGCUCCUCGCAGCCGGUGCGGGGCUGCUCGUGCUCAUCGUGGCGCUGGCUUUCUUCCUAGUCCGCGACGCCAAGAGGCGGAAGCGGCUGGAGAUGGAGAGACGAGGAGAAGCAGAGGCAGCAUGGAAGCUGGUUCCUUUCCAGCCGCUGGAGUUCGGGGAGAAGGCCGUGCUGCGCGGGCUGGCCGAGGAGAACCUCGUGGGCAAAGGCGGGUCCGGGAGCGUGUACCGCGUGGAGUGCAGUAAUAACAACAUCACGGUGGCCGUGAAGCGGAUUUGGACCGGCGGGAAGGUGGAGAAGGGGCUGGAGAAGGAGUUCGAGUCGGAGGUGGCGAUCCUGGGCCACGUCCGGCACGCCAACAUCGUCAAGCUCCUUUGCUGCCUCUCCCGCGCCGAGACCAGGCUGCUGGUGUACGAGUACAUGGACAACGGCAGCCUUGAUGCGUGGCUCCAUGGCCGGGACAGGGCGCCGCUGGGGUGGACGGCGAGGGUGAGGGUGGCUGUGGGCGUGGCAAGGGGCUUGUGCUACAUGCACCACGAGUGCUCCCCGGCCGUUGUGCACCGGGACGUCAAGUGCAGCAACAUCCUGCUGGAUGGCGAGCUCAACGCCAAGGUCGCCGACUUUGGGCUCGCCAGGAUGCUCGCCCAGGCCGGCUCCCCCGACACGAUGACCACCGUCGCCGGCACCUUCGGCUACAUGGCUCCCGAGUGCGCGUACACGAGGAAGGCGAACGAGAAGGUGGACGUGUACAGCUUCGGGGUGGUGCUGCUGGAGCUGGCCACGGGGAGGGAAGCCAGAGACGGCGGCGAGCACGGGUCCCUCGCCGAGUGGGCGUGGCGGCACUUGCAGUCCGGGAGACCCGUCGCCGACGCGGCGGACAAGCGCCUCGGCGAUGCGGCGCACGGCGACGACGUCGAGGUCAUGUUCAAGCUCGGCAUUAUAUGCACGGGCGCGCAGCCGUCGACAAGGCCUACCAUGAAGGACGUGCUGCAGAUACUGCUGCGCUGCGAGCAGGCGGCGAACCAGAAGACGGCGACCGACGGGAAGGUCUCCGAGUACGACGCUGCGCCGCUGCUUCCGGCGCGGGGUGGCAGCCGCCGAAAAAAGGUCCCCGACGAUGGUUUUGACUGCAACGUCUGACGAUGUGCCGAAAUGUGCAGCGACAAUAAGCAGAUAGACUACAGUAGUACCGUGCAGAUGUAUGACUUGCGCAGUUUCCCGGUUUCUUAGGAAAGCAGAGCAGAUAACAAUGGCGGAUUGGGCACUGUGUGCCAUCCUUUAUGUGUGUUGAGUUUAACAUCAUUUUGAAGACAAA